AUGUCACAUAUCGGUACGGUCAAGCAUAUUCCGAAGGAGGUGCGGUACAACUUCUUGCAGAUGGCCGCUCCUGCUUCGUAUGUUGCGGGUUUGGGUCGUGGUGCAUCUGGUUUUACUACACGAUCAGAUAUAGGUCCUGCUCGAGAAGGUCCUUCAGCAGAAACUAUAGCAGAUGCGCAAGCGAAAAGAGGCGAAGAAGUACCUGAUCCAGAUGCAAUGCAAGAUCCAGACGAUGAAAGGAAUUUAUUCGCCGGAACAGUUUAUGAAGCGGAUGAUGAAGAAGCUGAUCGAAUAUGGGAAAGCGUUGAUACGCGUAUGGAUGCCAGGAGACGAGCAAGAAGGGAAAUUGCAGAAGCUGAACAAGCAGCGAAAGAAAGAGCUUUAAACCCAAAACUUCAAACUCAAUUCGCUGAUCUGAAAAGGAAUCUAUCAUCUUUGAAUGACGCAGAUUGGGAUUCGAUACCUGAAGCAGGAAAUUUGACUGGUAAAAGAAGAAAACAUAACAUGAGAUUAGAAGAAAAUCAAAAUGGUAGAAGUUAUGCCGUUAGCGAUACAGUAGUGGCGGAUAUAGCAAAUAGGAAUAUAUUAUUAGGAGAAUUGGAUAAAGCUCAACAAGAUAAUGGAGGAUUCGAUACUCCCGCUGCAGAUGGUACUAUGACUGAUUUCAUCGCCAUUGGUAAUGCUCGAGAUAAAGUUUUGUCAUUGCAACUUGAUAGAGCAUCGAAAGAUGCAGCAAAUGGUUCAUCAACAAGUGUGGAUCCAAGAGGUUAUAUGACUGCCUUGAAUAGUCAGAUCGUCCAGACAGACGCUCAAAUCGGUGAUAUCAAACAAGCUCGACAAUUAUUGCAAAACCUUAUUCAAACAAAUCCAAAGCAUGCACCAGGUUGGAUCGCUGCCGCGUCAUUAGAAGUUCAUGCGAAGAAAAUGGUGGCUGCUAGAAAGAUUAUCGCAGAAGGCUGUGAGAAAUGUCCGAACAGUGAAGAUAUCUGGUUCCAUGCUGCUGAACUGAACACACCUGAGAAUGCUAAAAUUAUACUUGGACGAGCGGUACAAAACGUUCCCCAGUCUGUUAAGAUAUGGUUAAAAGCAGCAUCGUUAGAGUCGGAUGUAAAGUCAAAGAAACGGGUAUUGAGAAAAGCGCUCGAGUUCAUCCCUAAUUCGGUUCGACUGUGGAAAGAAACGGUCAAUCUUGAAGACGAUCCUGAAGAUGCUCGAGUCUUACUCACAAGAGCAGUCGAGGUUAUUCCUACUUCCGUUGAAUUAUGGCUUACAUUAGCUCGUUUGGAGACACCAGAAAAUGCCAAACAAGUACUCAAUUCGGCCAGAAAGCGUAUCCCAACUUCACACGAAAUCUGGAUUGCAGCUGGUCGACUUGCCGAACAAUCGCCUACCGCCAUUGGAGAUGUCAAGUUGGAGGAUGAAGCUGAGAAAACGCGUAAACUGGCUGCUCAAGUUGACAAGCUUAUGGUCGGCGCUGUCAAUUCGUUGAAAAAGAAUCAAGUAAUCCUUUCUCGAGAAGCCUGGCUACAAGAAGCCGAAAAAUGCGAACAAGAUGGAAGUCCUCUCACUGCUCAAGCUAUCGUUAAAGCUGUCAUCCACCAAGACGUUGAAGAAGAGGAUAGGAGGAAUGUUUGGAUCGAGGACGCCGGCAAAGCAGCACAAGGUGGAUUUUACGAGGUCGCACGAGCAUGUUAUGUGGUUGUAUUGGAGACUUUCCCCACAUCUCCUUCGGUAUGGAGGAAAGCAGCAGAGUUUGAAAAAGCCCAUGGUACACCGCAAGCCGUUCAAGAUAUCCUCGCUCAGGGUGUACAACACUGUCCUCAUGCUGAAGUACUUUGGCUCAUGGCAGCAAAAGAGAAAUGGGUCGGCGGAGACGUUCCUGGAGCUCAAGCUAUUUUGUCCGAAGCGUUCAAGCAAAAUGAGGAUUCCGAAUCAAUCUUUUUGGCUGCUGCUAAACUUGCUGCCGAAACUGGAGAAAUGGAAGCUGCCACCCAGAUCUUGGAGAAAGCAAGAGUGCAAGCUGAUACCGAGAGAAUCUGGAUGAAAUCGGCUGUAUUACAACGGCAAUUAGGACAACUUGAUGCUGCUUUGCAGACCCUUGAAGAAGCGAUCAAGAAGUAUCCAACAUUCGACAAACUGCACAUGGUCAGAGGGCAGUUACAUCAGUCUAGAGGAGCCACAGCAAACGCAAGAGCCGCAUAUGCGCAAGGAUGCAGAUCAUGUCCUAAGUCUAUCCCACUGUGGAUACUGGCUGCUAGGUUAGAGGAGAAAGCUGGUGUCACCAUCAAAGCUAGAAGUUUAUUAGAGUCUGCUCGUAUGAAGAAUCCCAAACACGACCUGUUAUGGGCCGAAAGUGUCAAGAUUGAAGAAAGAACAGGCUCGACACAACAGGCCAAAGCUGUUCUGGCCAGAGCGAUGCAAGAAUGUCCUACCUCACCAAUCUUAUGGUCAAUGGCGAUCUUCAUGGAGUCUCCUCAACAACGUAAAGGAAGAUCUGUUGAUGCACUGAAGAAAGCGGGCGAACAUCCUGCAGUCAUAUUAGCUGUAGCGAGGUUAUUCUGGGGUGAAAGGAAGAUCGAGAAGACGAGACAAUGGAUGCAGAAUGCCAUUACCGCCGACGCGGAUUGGGGGGAUGCUUGGGGUUGGUGGUUGAAGUUCGAGAAACAGCAUGGUGAACUUGAACGACAAGAAUUGGUCAUUGAGAAGUGUAUAGCGGCAGCACCACAUCACGGUCCCGUUUGGCAAGCGGUGUCGAAAGAUCUGCAGAACAUAGGCAAAUCGACACGGGAGAUUGUAGAGUUGGUCGCGCAGAAGUUGGAGUAG